UUUAGUUGUUAAACAACGCGACGCGAGUGUUUUUUAUUAAGUGUUUUCGGUCGAUUGUUUUAAUUUGUACAUUUUUUUUUUUUUUUGGUUUUAAGAAAAAUAUAUUAAUAUAAAAUAACAAAAAAUGAAAUGCUGGAGUCGUUCUACACUUGGUGUCAUUAUUGGCAUUCUAAAUAUUUUAAUUUAUUUGAUUGUUUCCAUUGCUAUGAUCGGUCUACUUCAGAGUCUUAAAUCUCAUCUUGAUGCAACAGUUCCCGAGCACAAAACAGAAACUGCCAAAAUGAGCACAAUCAUCUUAAGCACUGUCCUGGCUGUAUGCUUAGCUAUGAUCAUUGUCAGUGGUAUUCUUAUAAUGGGCAUUGUAAAGAGACAUCACAAAUUUAUGGUGCCUUGGCUGGUGUUAAGUUCUCUGGGUUUUGUUUGCGACUGUGGCAGGGUCAUAAUAACUUUGAUAAUGAAUUUUAUUAACGACAACGAUCCCUUACAUAUUUUAAUGGUUUUCGUUUUGGGUGUUCUAAUGUGUGCCCUAGAAGCUUUAAUUUUAUGGCCGAUUUAUACAUUAUGGCAUGAUAUACAUCAUGAAAAUAAAGUAAAACCCGGUCAUAUUGUUGGUGGUGUACAUUAUGAAAAUGAUGCAGCUAGUACACCGCUUCAAUAUAACGUUUAUACUUCUACACCUCAGAAAUCUUAAGCGGCGAAAUUUACUUUUGUUUUUCAUUCAUUAUACUUUUAUCUAGUUUAUACCAAAAAUAUUUUUUAUAUAUUUAUAUUAAAUUAUUUUUUUUAUAUAUAUAGUUACUUUUUUAUAAAAACAAACAUCACAUAUAUGCGAAAUAAACGAAAAUU